AUGAGUAAGAAAAAUCCUGGUGAUCCUCGUGUGAAAAAGAACGCAUUUGUUCAUAAACUAUAUACUAUGUUGCAUGAUCCAGCGUUGAGUCAUUUGAUUUGGUGGACCAACAGGAAUGGAGAACAAAACACGUUUGCUUUAUGUCCAGGAAAAGAAUUUGCCGAUUGUCUAACACAGUAUUUUAAACACGGCAAUGUUGCUAGUUUUGUUCGACAACUUCACAUGUAUGGGUUCCAUAAAGUGAGUGAUCCUUUGCCCAUUACAUAUCCUCCAAAUGGUAAUAACAACAACAACAACAACAACAAAGAAGUGCCACCGGUUUGGGAAUUUAAACAUCUGAGUGGAAGAUUCAAACGUGGAGAUGAAACCUCAUUGGUAUACAUCAAGAGAAGAUCAAGCUCUAACCAUACUUCGGGAAGUACAAUCUAUGCCGAACCUAUUUAUAAUCCGUUAUUAACUAAUCCCUAUAAUCAACCACAAUUCAUGUAUCAGGAUUAUUCUAUGGGACCUCCAGUUGAAGUUCAACAAUUCUACAAUUACCAAAAUCAACCACUCAUGUAUUAUCAACAACCACCAGGGCAAGUACCGCCACCGCCACCGCCAUCACUACCUCCACACCAACAACCAGAAAUGGCUCUCCAAUAUCACCAGUAUAACAACUAUCAACAACCGCCGCCAGCACCACCAGCACCACCACCACAGCCCGGGAAUGUGUUAUUUGGUUAUCAACAAGUAGCCCCACCUCAACAACCUGGGUCUACUGUCCAACAAAUACCCGCUAACGCGCCACCGACCUUAGAUCAAACUCAGCCGUUACUGUAUACCCCUCAAUUAGAGUACCAACAACAGCAGUAUCCUCAACCACCACUACCACCACCACCACCACAACUACAACUACAAACAUCACCUGGAAUUCCAAAAGUUAAUGACAAUUUAUCAAGACCAUCACCAAAUGAACAACAUUUACAAUUUAGAAAAAUUUGGCCUGAUGAAAAUAAUGAAGCCAAUUCAAAGCCAAGAAAUCCGUCUUUGAUGUUUGACCCAUUGUUGAGGGUUAAUUCUGAAGGUUCACCAAAAACACAACCAAAUCACUCGGUAUCAUUAUUAAAUAAUGAGGUUCGUCUGGAAUCAUCUACAUCAUCUAGCUCAACAACAGUAACAUCGACUGCAUUACCACCACCUUCAGCUAUUGAUCGUUCAGUGUCAUUAGUUGGUGGUAGUCCGUUUGAUUUGUCAUCAAGAAUGAACAAUCAACAACUGUUUAAUCGAACACCUUCAAUAUCAACACCACCUACACAGAAUGGAAGACUACCCAAAAUAUCUUCACCAUUGAUACCUUCUAACACAGAAUCUCAAUCUCCAACAAUGGUAACUGGUACUGAUAAUGAUGUUGGUGUUACUUCUAAAGGUUCUACAAGUAUUAUUUCGGUAUCUAAAAAACCAUCAGUGUUUUCAAAUUCGUUACAGGAGCGAUUACGGCCAUCAAUGUUUGAAUAUCAUCCAAUUGGUAAUAAUUUAUCAAAAGAUGUCCUUACAAUACCUAAAAUAAGCACAAAUUCAAAUUCUGGAUCAAGAACAACUUCUCAAUCAUCAAUGUCAUCAGCAUCAGCUUUAUCUUCCAAGAAAUCAUCAUUAUCAUCAAUUUCUUCUACUCAUGGUAAUUUAUCAAUAUUGAAUUCAACCAACUAUCGUAGUACUAGUGUUGGUGGUAGUGGUAGUGGUCCAUUUUCUACAUCUACAUCUACAAGUACAACGUCGCCAACAUUAUCUUCACUUCUACAUCAUCCUCAACAUGAACCUCAAAAUUCUACUAUUGCUAAUGGUACAAGCAUUCGUUCACUGAUUUCAUCAUCUCAAUCAAUUUCAAGUCCACCAUUGACAACAACAACAACAACAACUACCACAGAUCAACGACAAUUGUCAAAUUCGCCAAUUUCUCGGCAACAACAACAACAACCGAAUAAUAAUACCAAUAAAAAAGUAUCGGUGACGUCAUUAUUGUUACCUAGUCAUAGUCAAAGUCAAGGUUAUGCACAACCGUUAUAUAAAUCGUCAGUUAUUGCCGAAGAAGAGAAUAGUACCACUAGUAGUGGUGGGGGAUAUAGGUCUAAGAGUGAUGAUGAUACUGAUAAUAUGAAUAAAUGA